AUGACCACAAAACCCCUCGUUGGGUCACAAGCCCAACGACAGUCGCAAAGGUCAUUGAAUUCAAAUAUUACCUCGAGGCCCUCUCCUCAGAGGAGCUUAUCAUCUACUUCCCCAACUCGAAGACACAAUGAAGCGCUCAUAGACUUGACGCUUGAUGUGCCGGAUUCUACAUCGGCCCGUUAUGGGCAAACCUCGAGAGCAGGAGGGUCGCGCCUGAAGCAGGAAAUCUCAAAUGAAUCGAGGAGUUCUGUUCAAGCGGAUGCAUCAAGCUUGGUUCCUUCGACUUCAAUAUCAAAUAGGCAACUUUUGCCUCCGCGUGGUCGGCCGCAACUUCAUUCCGAUGCACUUCGCAUGAGAGCUUCAAAAUCCAUUUUACCAUCCGAUCAAAACCAUAGCCAGACACCUGCGAAACCGUUCGCUUUCCCUGUUAGGCCCGGGCAACAUCCUCCCCCUUCUCUUGACAGGCCGAGCCCGUCGAUUGGGCCUACCGGAAAGAGAGAUGCUCGUCCAAAGCCUUUUGUUUUAGAGGUUCCUUUAGCCGCACCUUCUUAUUCACCGAAUGGUCAUGCAGAUUUCUUUCCUUGGAACGGUAAUCAUGCAGAAGAUCAAUUCUCCGAACCGGUCAUCCGCCAAGGCUUCUUCGACAAGUCGCAAAUGUCACAGAACGAGACAGGUUCCGCAAAGGCCUCCAUAUACCCAUCUUUAAAACACAAAAGCGGCCUGCAAACUUUAUCCUCGUUAUUCACAAGCGUUCUAGCUCAGCGAAGGGCCCAUGGAAAUAUCACAGCCGACUCAACCUUCAAGCCUCCGCCGCGUGUAACGGUCACAGAUACGAAGAGAGAGAUAUGGCUCAAAGAUCUAGCUAACCCGACCAUAUCACUCCGUCGCCUUAGUCGAUCGAUUCCUCAUGGGAUUAGGGGUAAAGUGCUCUUGGAACACGCUCUCAAUAAAAACAUUCCCAUCGAGCGGGCUGUCUGGUUAGCCAAAUGUGUUGGUGCAAAUGAACUGCGGUCUUUCAAGAGAAAAGGUGCAGGUGGUACCUUCGCUAUGGGAGGAGAAGCGAAAUGGGUGCGAGAUUUCACAGUUUCUGUUGAACAAGUGUUGGAAAACAUUAUUGGGUCGUGCGGAGAAAAGGACUUUCGUCGCAAGAUCUACUAUGCGAUUCGUUUGGCAGCUCACUUUCAUGCCGAAUGCCUUCUGGAUCGCGAGCAUUAUAUAGAUUGGAUAUUAUCUUCCCUAGAGACGACUUCUCAAGCAAAAUUGCCAAUGUGGCUAUUGAUUGCCCAAAUGUAUUGGGAAGAUAUUUUGAAGUAUCGGAGGUUCGGGCGACGAUUCACAACUGUUUUGUUGAAUCGAUUCUCGGAGACAAUCAAACAUCCAGAUGCUGAUAUACUGGGACCUUUGAUUGGUCGUUUGCGCAUACUUCUAACUAAAUUGAUGACUUCAAAUCCGGACAAUUUUGUCUCUCCUGAGAUUUGGUCCAAGCACAGGGAAGUCCUACAGGCUUAUCUCAGCUACUCAGAUGAGCUUCCCAUGUCUGUUUGGGAUGAGAUUAACCGCCGCAAUAUGCGACUCACUACUCUAGCUCCUGAAGCCCAGCAUCCUCCUCAACAACGCCUUUUCAAUAUACUAGACAAGUCACUUUUCACCCUGUUCACACCCGAGAUCAUAGAUGUUUGCUGGCAACUUGAUGAUGACAAGACGGCUCUUGUUCAUGCAAUUUUGGAUUGGUCGACAUCAUGUUACAGACCUGGACACGCAAAAGUAUUCAUUGGUGCUCGCAUUAUACGAGCUUGGAGAAGACUGGGCGCAGACACGACUGCGGCCACGCUAUCGUUCCUUGACUCCAGUGCUUGCGAAAUUGGGCGCAACAAGGCUUCGUUUUAUCACCUCGUUUCCGAGCUAGCGAGAUCGAACGACUUUUGUAUUCCGACAUAUCUUCAGUGGCUGAUCAGCCGUGGAGGUAUACACGAUCAUUCCGACCUGGCACCAGGCGGUCCUUGUGGAACGAGGCUUCUUGCAGAACUUCCAAUGCAAAAUUUGAGCGAAGAAAUGGUCGGGUUGCGCAGGUCUUUACUUUAUCGUGCCGAAUACCCAAUAGAGACCGAGGACCGUAAGGUAGCAGCUAGUAUUUCUAAUAUAAGCAACGCCUUCCGAAUGAUGCCAAUAGCUUCAGAACGGCGAUUUCCUCAAGCAAACCAGGACUUCAAGGGCUUAGAUGAUAUCCAAUCGCUGAAUCGCACAAGCAAAUCCCACAUUGGGUCUUGGCUUCUUCGCGAAGUUGAACUACAAAUGCUACCAUCAAGCAAACCAUUAAAUCAAUGGGGAAAUCCAUCACCUGCAGCUCAUGAUACUUGUGGACUGACGGCGGCUGCGUUUGGCAUGGUGCGAGACUUCCUGGAAUUUGUAGAUGAUUUCACUAUGCUCGCCGAAGUCAUAAAGAUUGCCACAGCCUCAGCUGAUCCUCAAACUAUCUCGUCGUGCGCCGACACACUCAAUAUGCACGCCGAAGUGUUUGCUGGGAUCGGAGCAAUUAAGGACCUGUUUGAUGUCCUUAUUAAUCGUGCACGCUCGUUUGCAGAUGAUCGCGACAUUAUGCCACGAAUUAUUCUGGGAUCCUUAAAGUGUGUCGCCGACGCUUGUUCUCCGGUAUCAGAUCAUAUGGCAGGUGGAUCUCAAAACAACGAAGCCGAGUUCGUAGAUGAAAUCGAGAAGCUUCUUGCUAAUGGUACAAGCAUCGAUCGAGGAACCAUGGACCGGCUUUUCCAAAGAGUAACCCGUCAUUUAUCGAUCUCAUUGGAUAAGUCACCAGAGCAGCAGCGAAAGUGUGUAUCAUUGUUGACAACUUUAAGAGAUUUCAAUCCUCAGUCAUUUGAUUUAUUGAUGGCUAGCUGGCUGUCCUAUAUUCAGAAGUCGGAACAUCGACCCAGCAUGGUGAAAAUCUGGGGCCCAAUGAUAGGACUGGGUUGCCUUUCCAUGAAAGAUCUGGUUAAUGCCAGCUUAAAGCGUGAAAAGGACGAUCCCAACUCCAACACAGGAAUCUUACCGGAGAUCUUGACACCAGACGAAGCAUAUCGCUUCCGGAUUGUGCAAAGUCGUAUGCCAAUUGACAACCCUGAACUAACAUUAACUGUUAUCCGAUCGGCAAUCGAGGCGUGUUCAGCAGCUGUCCACGACAUGCAGUUUGAUACUUUGAAUAUCUUAGGUAGCUCAGCUAUGCAUGACUUACUUCAGACACUAGUCUUGGUUGGCGGUGAUAUGAUCGGCAAGAUCAUAGUGCACCCUUUAUCCUCGGGAACUGCCAGCCAAGAAGCUUCAAAAGUAUUGGGUGCCUCGAUAAACAAGCUUCUUGUGCCUACGUAUCAAAUAGAGGCUUCCAAUAUUUCAGUGGGUGAUGCAUUGAAAUCUGCGAAUUAUCUUAAUCUUCCAUUUUGCCAACUAAAGGUAGCCUCCACCUUUCGCUCGGGAAAGGUUCCCCAAGCCACUCCACGAAACAUGGUCUCUCCUCAGCUCGACGACCUUGAUCGUGCAGUCGAGUCUGCGAUAAUGGCGGGAGGUACGACAUGGGCUUGCAUUGUACCAUCAUUGGAUUUGACUGCCGUGAAUCAUUUACGACGUGGUGCUGAGACCCAAUUGCUUCGGCUAUUCCAUGCUGCCAAAGCAUCGGGCUAUUAUGAUAUUUUAGAAGAAGAGCACCAAUUGUCGAAAGCAGAAAGCUUGAUGGCCAUACUCGAUUUAACAAUAGACAAGAUAUAUACUGAGAAAGUCAACACGUCGCAUAAUUCGCAAAGUUGCUUUCCAGAAAUUGUGACUUUACUUAACAACGCCUCGCAAUGUUUUGCUAGCGCACAGCCAAACAGUUGUAAGGUUACAUACCUUACGAAGUGGCUACCAUUGCUAUUAUCUUUCGCAACCUCUCAAACAGUGGUAUUAGAACCAUCGAAAGUCGGACAUGAACAUCGGGGAAGAGCAAUCCUAUUUUUGACAGCAAUCUUUUUGGAUCUAUAUCGUUUCAAAGCUAACACAAAAACCCAAACCUCCCCACUACAGCAGUGUUUCGACCUUAUUCUAAAUAUGGUAGAUGUCCUCCCUGACGACAUUCGUCAGCAAUGCAGUCGAAACUUCCGAGAUACAGCCUCGAACCCAAUUACUAGCUAUAUUUAUAGUAUUAUGGCGCCGCCAUCUGACUGGUUGCACAUCUAUCAAUCCGGCUCAAAAGCUACUGCUACUGCAAGGAAUAGCAGUAAUACAAACACGGAUCACGCAAAGGAUUCGUGCCGCCAGUCAUUUCCUUUCACAAUGAAACGCUGGGAGAUGUUGGGAGAACCAAGUGCUAACAUGGGAGAGAAUGACACGAGUCUCAGUUUGACACUGUUUGCGAGUAGGAAAGGAGUCAACUGA